AUGUCAACUUUCAAAGGUUCUUGUUCUUCCUCUGAGUCUCUUUUGGAUAGCAGAUAUUCUGGAUGGUCUUCUCUCUCCAACAACACCUCUUCCUAUGGCAAGUCAUGCCCAACACAUAACCAACCCCCACAGUCCACUUACAACAAUUCUGCACUUCGGGAUUUCCACAACUCGGCAGUUGGAAUGGACUCGAUCAAUACCAAAUUCCAGCACAUUAACUUGGAAGAUACUGGGAAGCUCAUUCUUGGAAUUAAAAAAACAAAGUCACACCCCCGUCCAUCACCCUUCCAGCAACUCAGCGAUGAUAUCAUUUCUUGCAGUAACAUCACCAACCCAGCUUUGUUUGAGUUGGUAUCUAACUGUGUCAAUUUGGAACACCUCAAUGUUUCAGGUUGCUCUAAUAUUACAUGUGUCAGCUUGGCAAACUCAAUCUUAGCAAGAGCACCAGCCCAUUACUUACAUCAGGUGUACCUGCUCUACCUGGAUAUGUCUGACUGCAACCUGUUGGAUGAUAGGGGAUUGCAGAUUCUUGCAUUACACUGUUCCAGACUCCAGUUUCUCUACCUGCGACGCUCCAGGAGAGUCAGUUACCCUCCCCGGCAUCAUAUUUCUUACAUUUUUGGACCAUAUGUAAUAUUUAUUACUGAAUCCAGUUAA